AUGGGGAAAAAGUCUAGGCAGGUUGAGAAUGAGGCAGGUGGGUUCCAGCAGCACGCUGGCAGGACUGCUUCCGAUCGCGACGAAUUCUCAGUCGAAAUCGGAAGGACCAUCGGCCCACAAUGGUCAGAUCUUGAGUCCGACGGCGACAACCAUCAACCCAACCCUGCCUCAAACCCUCCUCAACCAGCUAAGCACAAGAAGCGUCGGCGCAAGAGCUCGGACAGUGACGCCGUCAACCAACAGCUGGCGGCGGACAUGGCAGCAAUGGCCGACAACAAUGGCGAGACGGUGCCCGAGUCCCUCAAAAAGAGCAAGAAGAAGAAGAAGAAGUCGCGGAAGACCAGUGACGAGGCCGGAGACAAUGGCUCGGUUGCAAGCGUGGAGUCACUGGCGCACAAUGGUCACAUCGAAGACAGGUCCAAAUCCAAGAAGAAAUCCAAGAAGCGAUCCAAGAUGGCCGCAAUAGCCGAGCAGGAUGUCCCUGAACCAAACGAUGCCAACGAAUCAGACCUACCACAAGACAAUGCGUUGCUGAAUGGGGAGCCGCUCCCUAAUGGUAAUUAUCACCCGGAGCCUGAAGUCCUGCAGAGCCCACAAUCGACCCCCAAGAAGAAGAAGUCCAAACACAAGAAGCACCGGGAUGUGCAGAGUCCUGAUGCUCAGCAAACGCUCGUAUCACAUGCCUUGGGAGGUUCGCCGCCGUCCGCCCAGCAACCUCUUGUGAAUGGAGUCGCAAGUCACAACCCAGCCCUGGAGGCCGAUGCAGCGGAUCAAGAAGUCAUCCCUGCCAGCCAAGCGAGUGAGUCACCAAGAAGAAGAAGAAGCAGCGCGACAGAGUCAUUACGAAGCGAGAUGGAAGCACAUGACCUCAAAAUCGAGCCUGAGAGCGACUUGGACGACAUCGAAGACAACGAGCUGCCAUUCGCCAUCGCCAAAAUCAUACAUGACGACAGAGGCUACGACGAUGAAUCUGCGCACAACCGAGACCACCUGCGUCAGAAGUCUCCAUUUAUGCACAAGCAACAAAUGUCGAUCAUUGACGACAGACCGGAGUUGGACGGCGAUGACGAGGAACCUCUUUCCGAUCUGCUGCCAAGUCAGAUCAAGCCCGAGCAACUUUCUUCCGAAAGCGAGUCUGACUUGGGAUCGCCGAGUGUGGCAAGGCUGGGCAGAUUAGAAAGGUCGAGGUCGAGGUCGAUUUCACGCGCGCCAGCGGCCAUGCAGUCCGCAAACGAAAAUUUCCACGCGGCGCAGCAAGCCUCACAUCUAGGCCUGGCAUCAAGGAGUUCGCCAAGCCGGUCGUCAACGGGCUCAAACGAGAGCAUUCCAGCUCGAAUACAGGUCAGACCCGACGCGGAAGGCUCGGCAUCACUGUCAAGAUCUGGCACAUCUGGCCGGGAUGAAGCCCAAUUGAACGGUGAUGCCAUGGAUCUGGACGACCAAGAUUCUGGUGACGGUUAUGUCAGUCCGCCGAAGAAACAGACAAAACAGCCCAAAUCCGCCAGAAAGCCGACAAGGAAUCUGCAAGUCAACGGCAUCACAGCAGAGGCGGCCGGCGCAGACGAAGGCCCCGGCGAACCUGCUUCUUCCCGCAAGAGGACUACUCAGAAGGGCCGACAACAUCAGACCGAGGACGCAAUGUCAAAUUUGGAUGCGAAUGUCAGGGCGAAUUGGCUUGCGCAGCCUGGCAGGAGAAGACCUCACGCUGAUGUGGUGGAAGAGUCCGACCAUGACGGCGCAGAUGAGAGUGUUGUAACCACAAGAGACCCUGUACAAGACACCGCUCAAGAUGAGGUCGAAGGGGCGAGCCAAGUCGAGCUCCCGGGGCGGGCUCUUGCCCCAGAGACUGAGGCUCCUGCUCAAGAGGAACCCGAGGUCUCUGCUAGCCAGCCAAAGAAGCACAAGAAGAGGCGGCGUCUUCAAUCGAAGGAAUCUCUCUCGCUUUCGCAACUGGAAGACGAUUCUGGUGAGGGCGAAAGCCAAUCCAGGCUGUCGCUCAAGCUGAAGGACGUCAUGCGCGGCGACGUCAACAACCCAGAGGAUGGUGAGCCAGCCACCAGUCACGAGCCAUCUCAAGAGCCAACUCUGCCAAAGCCCACAAAGCCGAAGCGCAAGCGGCGUUCAAAUAAUGUUUCUGAGGAUGAGAUGGAGAAUCUGCUUGCAGGCCCAGCCAGGCGGAAGAAGUCUAGGAAAGCAACUAAUGGCCGAGGUCUUAGCAAGAGCCGGGCUCCCGUCGAUGACGAGAAUACCACAGCCACCAACAGAAAGCGAGUACCACGAGGUGAGGUGGCCACAGGACCUUGGACCAGUGAAGAGCUCAAUGCUCUCGGUCAGGUUGUGGAUCAGUUUUGCAGAGCCUACGACAAGAAUCAAUCCGAGCUCAACGCGAUGAUUCAUUUAAGACCUGACAUGAGCAACCCGAUGCACAAGGAAUUUUGGGACAGUGCAGUCACGGCAAUUCCCCAACGAAACCGCAAGCAGAUCGUUGAGCGGACCCGAAGGCUUUACCACAACUUUGCGGGCCGCGGCCAGUGGACUGAUGAGCAAAAGGAGGAGCUGCAUGACUUAUUUGAAAAGCAUGGCAACAAGUUUUCCUUGAUUGCUCAACUGAUCAACCGUGAUCAGAAAGAUAUCAGGGAUUACUGGCGCAACUCCUACCUUGUGCAUGCUCAUCAGCACAAGUCGCGGUGGAAGCCAGACGAGACGGAGACUCUGAGGAACGCAGUCGAGGAGGCUCUACACAAAAUCCGGAUCGAUCGCGAGAACAACGAUCAGUUUCGUCCUAGGCCCCGUGCGAAAGGAUUUGAUGACGAGUCCCUCUUGGACUGGCAGCAAAUCAGCACGGCCAUGGGGCUUACCCGCAAUCGCCAACAGUGCAAAUGGAAGUGGCAGGACUUGAAGGACAAGGGUGUUGCUGGCGCAGAAAAUGAUCACUUGCCCAAAGCACCUCGCGAACCCAGAAACGUCAACGGUUUGAGCGAGGAGCUAGCCAACGCCCGCGAGGAUUAUCGUGGGAUGAGCGUUGAGGACCAACUCCGCAUUGUGGAAGCCAUCCACGACUCGGGCGUGACCAGUGACUCCAAGAUCCGAUGGGCUAGCCUUGUGGACGAGCGCUUCAGGGCAAAAUGGCGACGGCCGACCCUGAAGCUGGUCUGGUUUAGACUGCGAAAGACCGUACCUGACUACGAGGAGCAGGACGUGCCAACUAAUGCGCGAUACUUGCUCAAUUAUUACAAUAUCCACCAGUCCCUGCCGCGCCUAGAUGACCACCAAGCGGACGACCAAACGGAGGAAAAGCUCGUAAAGUCGGCCCCGGGCAGCAAGGUGUGGCGGACGCCGUCCCAGGAACCCCGCGCCGUCAGGGAGAGGCAGCGGCGAUCCAGCAGUGCGAGCAGCCGGGCAAGCAGCCAGAGGGUAUCGGGCGAGAUCCUGAGGAUUGAGGGCAUUGAUGAUGAGCACAGUGGCCCUGUGCACCGGGGCCGGGACCCCAGACCCAGGUCCGACAGCAUUGAUCUUGGCCAAGAGGACCAUGAAGGCGCUGGUGAGCCGCAGUCGACUAAAGGCAAGCAGAAGGGCAGCCGCAAGAAGAACAAGGAAGACGCCGUGCCUAUCCGCAUCCCCAAGCACCUCAAGGGCGAGGCGGCUGAGAAGGCGCAGGCUGAGGCCAACUCGAAGCAGGACGCUUCUGCAGGCAGCAGCAAGGCCAAGAACAAGGGAAAGGGGAAGAAGGGGGCCAAAUCGCCGACGUCGCCGGCGCGUGGGCAGAGGAGCGCGAGUGUUGCUAUUGAUUCUGAUUCGGAGUGA